AGCAUUGAAGGAGUAUAUCUUCAGCUUUCACACUAAUCAUUGGAGGCAGUCUGUAUUUUUUUUUUCCGUCUCCCUCUUUUGGCUUACAUCUUUGAUAAGGUUUAUUAAUUAGAAUCGCUCAGAACCACCACCAGAGGAGCCGCAGGGUGUGUACAGCUAGAGUCCUCCCUGCAGUUCCAGAGCUCCAGCGCCUCUCAGACUUCACGCUGUCUCAGUUAGAGUCGCCUACCUUCAGGGAAGACGGGAUCUUUGAGGGUGGCAGAGUGCAGCAGUUGGAAGAAAGUGCCGCAGCUUCUCUUAAAUUGUUGAGUUGUGAACACCUCAGAGCUGGCUGAUGUCGACAAGCCCUUGACACUCGAGACAUUCUGCUCACAACAGUCCUUUCUGAGGGAGGAACAAUCAGAGACUGAGCAUCAUCCUUCAACAGAAUCAAGUGAAAGCAACGUUAUGCGCAAGAAGACACUGCUAACUAUCUUUAUGAUGGUGUUGUUCUAUCUGGUGAUAGGGGCCUUACUUUUUAGAGUCCUUGAGGAACCAUAUGAGAGCCAACAACACAUGGACGUAUACAUCAAAAAAAGCUACUUCCUUCUGAACCACAGCUGUGUCAGUCCUGAACAACUGGAUGAACUAAUAGCGGAUGUGGUGCUUGCAGUUGGCUCUGGAGUGGACCCUGUCAGCGUCUCCACAAACUUCUCAACCCGCUGGGAUCUGGCAAGCGCAUUCUUCUUUUCUGGAACUAUUAUCACCACUAUCGGUUUUGGCAACAUAUCUCCCAAGACGGAUGGUGGAAGACUGUUUUGUAUUUUCUAUGCUCUAAUUGGGAUCCCAAUGUUUGGAAUUCUGUUGGCUGGAGUUGGAGACCAUCUAGGAACUGGUCUUCGGAAAGGCAUUGGAAAAAUUGAAGCCAUAUUCCUGAAAUGGCAUGUCAGCCCUACAGUUGUGCGAGUGAUCUCUGCUGUACUGUUUAUCCUGAUUGGCUGCUUACUGUUUGUUGCCUUACCAACAGUCAUCUUCCAGAAAGUAGAGGAAUGGACUUUUCUAGAGGCAGUAUAUUUUGUCAUCAUCACUUUGACGACUGUUGGAUUUGGGGACUAUGUUGCAGGUGGUACUGGGAAUGAUAAUGAGAGUCAUUGGUAUAAACCCCUCGUGUGGUUUUGGAUCUUACUGGGAUUGGCAUACUUUGCCUCCAUUCUGACCAUGAUUGGGAACUGGUUAAGGGUACUAUCCAAAAAGACCCGUGCUGAGAUGGAAGGACUGACAGCGCAUGCUUCCAAUUGGACGCAAAACAUGUCAGUGGACCUAAAACAUCGUGGUAUAGAUCUGAAUGAACGGUUCCAAAAGGGAGGAUUUAAAAUUAGUCGUAAGGGGAAACCCAACACAGGAACCCUUCUCAAAGAAAAUGCGCUUAGGAGUGAUUAUGUGUCAACCACAAAAGAGGAACAGAAUCAGGAGGAAGAGGAAGAGGAGGAGGAGGAAGAGGAAGAGGAAGAGGAGGGGGCAGAGGAGGAGGUGGGAAGUAUGUAUGAUGUAGAUAUCAAGGAGAAGUCUUGCUCUGGUUCGUUGGAUUCAAGGGAAAUGAAGUCUAGACCAGUAGAGGAACCUGUCAUUGAAGAGAUGAAUGAGAAGGAUUGUUCAUUAGAUAAGGACACAGACUGUACCAAGCCUUUGGACUACUUUGGGGAAAAUCUAGCAUUCAUUGAUGAGUCCUCAGAUGCUCUUAGUGAUCACCCAGAUGAAGUACUCGUCAACAGCCACAAACGAAGGAAACAGAAGAGAGUUCGACUAAUUCAAAGGCAGCAAGAGCCUAAUGGAGAUAUUUCACAUGGCUGGGGUAGCCUUAACCGAAACCGGGACAAAGGAGAGAACCCCUGAGCUUCCCUUUUAGCUGUAUAUCAGCUCUUUCGACAUUUUCUAUGGUUAGACCUUUGACUGUAAUUGCUUGUGGGCACAUAAAUUUUAUUUAUGUGGCAGUCAGGUCCAGUGGGUAAAAUCUUAAUUAUCUAGGUUUGGGCCUUAUGGUAAAGGGAAACCUGAGCAGCCUUUGAAAUGGAAGCUAGCUCAAGGUAUCAGUCGUGGUAAGAACUUUGUCAAGAAACACAGUUUGAAUACAUUUGAUGGUCCACUAAUUCACAAAAUGUUUUCUCUUAAAAUGUUUGCUGUUAAAAUAUUUUUUACUAUAAAGAAGUUAAAUUGGAAUUAUUUAGGAUUAUUGCUUAGGGGGUUACACAUAAGCAUUAAGCAAAUGAAUGAGCCAAUGGCCUUUUUUUAAUGUGUCAAUUUUUUGAUCACUUGUGAGUGUGGUACAUUUCACAAGUAACACGGAGGUGGCCUACGGCUUAUGACUUUUGUUUCCUAAUGGUAUUUUUGUUUGCUGUUCAGGGUGAUGUGUUGUUGGGUGAUGGUAAUGCUGGGAUGCUGGGAUUCGAAUUAAGAGAAAAUUAAUGCAUGAAUUAUUGUACAUUUUAGUUCCUUUUGUUUUGCUUCACUGUGCUUUAUCAAACUGCAUAGCAUCAGAGGUCUGUGCAUUUUGAAUGAGGCCUGUCCACUUUCAACAGAAUAGCACGUAACAGAUCUUCAUGCAAAAAAAUAUUUCUUUGAUGAGACUUCAGUCUCUGAGAAACUGGUGUGUUUUGAAAAUGCUCAAGAAACGUUUAACCUCAUUAUGAUUUGUGACGAUGAGGAAAUAUUACUGUGUGUAUAUUACUGCUGCCUUUUCUAGUUUCACAUUUGGAAACUUACCAGGAUUUGUAAUAACCUCGACCCACAACCCCAAUUCAAUAAGGGUCUCAAAUAAUUGUGAAUUGGGUUUUGUAUAUUGUACUCAGAGUCAAAUAUUUCAUCAAUAGAACACAUGACAGCAUUUUAGAUGCAUGAUCAUCUUUUAACAAGUAUUUUUUGUUGAAUUAAGAUCAGAUAGACUUACUGUAAUAAUUAAUACAUUUUGCAUAAAUCUGUUUCCCAUAUUGUUUAGAUGAAAUUCCAAGCCACUUUAAAUGGAGUAUCAUUUUACUCUCCUAUUCAUAUCUGAAUCAUGAAUUUCAAAGUUUUUGUGUUCCUUAAUAUAUUACGCUCUUCAGCAAUGGCCUUAUGGGAGUAAAAUAUGUUUGCUACUACAAAAACUUAAGCCUGCCUUUGAAGAGGAUCAGUGAUAAUGUGUCAUGGCUGUUAGGAUUUUCCAAAUAAAUCCUGACAGACCACUUUUAAUUAAUCAAGCGUCAGGUAUUUUAGGGUCAUUCCUCAAGGGAAGUCAGGUACACUAAGGUUAAACACAGUGAGAUACAAGAUCAAUGGUGAUGUUAAUCAGAAAGUGUUAAACUUGUAGACAGGACCAAAACCAGAAUUGUAAACCAGGAUAUUCCUAAGGAGAAAAAAAAAGUUUUUUUUUCACAAAUGUUGUCUUUACUGUAAAUUUGUUUAUUUUUACAAAUUUCUGAUUCUGUAGCCAUCUUUUGUAAUAUGGCCACCCUGUUACUUAGUGGUUAUGUGGCACGUGCAUCACUUUCCAAGCAAGCAUAUAGCGUGAUACCAACAAGACUCAUGAAACGUCGGCCAAUGAACACUAGAACAAAAAAAUAAAAAAAAAACAAAUAUGCAAAAUGGAAGCAGCAAUAGAAGUAUCGUGCAAAAUGGAAACAAAAUAAUGUCAGUUAAUUAAUUUAUACAUUGCAAAGCAAACACAGAACAACAGCAAGCCUGACUUAAAUAUCAGGAAGUGGCAUGAAUUCAUUUACCACAUUUGCCUUAAUAUUUUCUAAACUAGAAAGUCAGACAAGGGUCCAAAUUUAUCAAGCAUCUCGCAACUACACCUAGGAAAUGCACUAAAUAUGUGAGUAGAAUAAGAAUUUGUCCUACCUCAGAGCAGGUGUCCUUGUCCCAGUCCCAGUAGGAGGCCACAGCUAGGAAUGAAGCAAAUUAACACUCAUGAUGACAUUUUGUAGUUGUCUGAUGCUAACAGUGAAGCUUCACCACAAAGAUGAUAAUAAUAAUAAUACUAAUGAUAUUAAUAAUCAUACUAAUAAUAUUCAAAGUAGAAGAUGAAGAGAGAGAAGAUGGAUACUGGGCUAAUUGUUGCUGCUUUGCAACAUCAUGAAUAAUACUGUAGCGAACACUGACAUGCAAAGACCAAAACAUGCACAGAAUGAGAGUUUAUAGUAAUAUUGGGCACAUUUAAUUAAUGUUAAUGAUCCUCAGCCAUACUUCCUGAUGAUGGGCACGUUUAUUUAACAAUGAGCGAUCCAUAGUCAUACUUUCAGAAGAAUCACCUUCCUACUGAUACGGCCACGGGAACUGUCUUGUAAAGUAACAGUUAUGCUGAAACUAGCCAUGACUAUUUCUGCACUGUUUCUGAAAUUGUGUUCAUCAACUGCGUUUAAAAAGGUAUCAUUUUAAAGAGAUCUACAUAUUGGUAAGAAUUAACAAAUAGUAAGCAAUGUGAGCCCAGAAUGGCCUAAGCUUGUAAUUCUGGGUAUGCCUUAUAGCAAGGGACACACAAACACUAUCUAAACUUUGAGAUAAUUAUAUAAAAGCUAAUCAGCCAGAGAGUGUGCCAUUCAUUGAAAACCAGUAUUUUAGGAGGAAACUAGUAAGUUGUGAGUGAAAGUCAAACAGCAGUGUUGCUGGUAUUUAAACUUGCAGUCAUACUGCAGAACUAAACAAUGUGAGAUGCUUGUCCACCCACAAUGUUUCAUUUUCACAAUAAACACAAGAUG